ACAAAAAUGGCGGACAGUCGAGAGUCGAUUCACACAAGCAGGACCAGCGAUAAAGAUCAUGAGUCUAGCAAGAAGAAAUCAAAAGGUUUUUUCUCACAGUUACUAGCACAGUACAAUUAUUACCUAAGGACUCGUCCAGUGCUGACAAAAUCCAUUACCAGUGCAAUUACAUCAGGAUUGGGUCAACUUCUCUCCCAGAAGUCAAGGAUUAGUCAAGGCAAAGGGGUGGAUGUGAGAGCUGUUGCAGCUUUUUCUACCUUUGGGUUUGCUGUAACAGGUCCACUGGUACAUUACUUUUACCAAUUCCUUGAAGAAUACUUACCUAAAGGCACAAGUCACGCUCAAGCAAAAAAAUUAGCUCUGGAUAGACUAGUUUUUUCUCCUAUUUUUUAUGUGCUGUUUUUUUACAUCAUCUCAUUACUGGAGGGAAAGUCAUGUAGUGCAGCAGUCAAGAAAGUUCAUGAUAAUUUCUGGAUAGCAUUUAAAAUGAGUUUAAGAGUUUGGGUUAUUGCACAGUAUGUGAACUUCAAUUAUGUUCCAGUAGAGUAUCGGGUUUUGUUUGCCAAUGCCAUUGCUCUUGGUUGGAAUGCUUUUAUGGCUUCAAAAAAUGCUGAAAAGUAGAUCGAUCAAUGACACUGUAAUCUCUAAGAAUUAUGGUCUUUAGUAUGAAUUCAAAGAUUAGGACAGACACCUGGGAUUUUGGACCAUGAUCUUCCUGGAUUUUGAUUGGUUAUUGUAACACUGAGGGUUAACAUCUUUUUGUUAGUUACAUAUCAUUUCAAUAUCGUUAUUAUGAUAGUGUGGCAAUGAUGUUUUUAUUUUUCGCUGGUGAAUUUUCACCACAUUCAAGACACCUCAGUCUUGCAGUAACAUUAUUUCUAUGUACAUGUAGGUCACUAUUCCAUAUCAACUGGAUCCGAUGCAUCAUGAAGCAGUACUCCAAGUCGAGGUUGGACAAGAUAAAAUAGAGUAAAUUUAUGAACACAUCAUGUCGAACCUCAACUUGGAACCAUUGUUUCAUGGUACUCAAGAAGAUUUGAGGAAAAGUCUUCUCCAGACCUAUAAAAAGUCCACAAAUAAAGACACUCCCUUCUUUCUCUCUCCUAGGAAUUGAUAAAUAGAAUUAGAAAUACUCCAACACAUUUCAUACAUUAAUUGUGUAGUUCCAGAAAUAACUGCCCUCCCUGCAGAGGAAUUUUGGAAUUUCCAAAAGAAGAUCUAGAGGUUUGUAUGGAAGAAAUUAGAAUUUCGGGGGUUAAGGGACCUGAUGGAUAAUUUCUGGAACUAAGCAUUUUAAUAUUAAAUGUAUUCUGAGUAAAAAAAUUUUUAAUGUCAAUAAAAAUAUACAACAUUUCUAAAUUUAGUAGCCAUUAUGAUAUUAUUAUGAGUAACAGUGCAGUGUUUCUUCAAACUGUCUCGCUAUCAUUUUCAUCAAAAUCAUCAACUUCCUCGUCAGGCGCACACUAAAAUGAAAGAAAGGGGGAAAAUAGUUAAUAUAUAAUAGCAGGUGCAAGGCUGAGACUCAGCCAUUUGUCGGUGGUAAGGUAGGAUCUUUGCUUUAGAAACUGCCAGCCAGGUGACGGUUAUAGAGUAACAGUGGGAUAUCUACCUACAAUGACAAACAGUCAUUCUACAAGGCAUCUGGUAAACAGUUUUUGUGUUUUACCUUUCUCCACAUGUAAUAAUGAAAAUGCAAUGUUAAUUAUUUCUUGCUAUUAAAAAUGCUGCAUUUGGAAAA